UCUGGAGGCAGCCUCUGUUCUGCCCUGUCGGCCGAUGGCAAGCUUCUUGCAGCAUCGUUCGACACUAGCGACAUCAUUGUAUGGCGACUCUCCGAUGGUCUCUUGGUUCAACACCUACAACAUCAGGGCCAUACAGACUAUGUUAGAUCCUUAUCAUUUUCCCCGAUUAGUCGCACCCUUGUAUCGGGAUCCCACGACAGGAGCGCGAUCGUCUGGGACAUUCUGAGUGGCCGUGUUCUUUUACGUCUAGAAGGACACAGCGGGCGAGUACACCAGGUCGCAUAUUCCUCUAAUGGCGCACUCAUCGCCACCGCUUGCGACAACGACAAGUCCGUGAAACUUUGGGACGCUUUGACUGGGGCAUGUAUACAGUCCCUCGAUGUUCAUGAUUCAAUAUACAAGGUCGCCUUUUCCCCGGAUAGCCUGCAUUUACAUGCUGAAGUGGGCACCUCCGUCCUCAUCUAUAACAUC